AUGCUUACCAUCUACAAGGAUUUGGAUCUUGAAAUCCCUGCCAACGUCACGGUUGAGCUCGAGUCGCGUAUCGUGAAGGUCAAGGGCCCCCGCGGUGAGCUCCAGAAGAACCUCCGUCAUAUGGCCAUGGACUUGCGUCUUGUGAAGAGCCCCAAGGGUACUAAGCUGAAGUUUGUCGUCUGGCACGCUAGCCGCAAGCACCUCGCCUGCCUUCGUACGGCGAAGGCUGCUGUGGCUAACAUGAUCAAGGGUGUCACACUGGGCUUCCAGUACAAGAUGCGUGCCGUAUACGCCCAUUUCCCUAUUAACCUUAUUCUUGCUGGUGACAGCAAGAGCGUCGAGAUCCGUAACUUCUUGGGAGAGAAGCGUGUGCGUAGGGUCGAGAUGGCCGAUGGCGUCACGAUCAAGGACGACAAGAACCAGAAGGAUCAAGUGCUUGUUGAGGGUAACGACAUUGAUGCCGUUUCGCAAAGUGCCGCCAUGCUUCACGGUGUGACGCUGGUCCGGAACAAGGAUAUCCGCAAGUUCCUUGACGGUAUCUACUGCACUGACAAGACUACCGUUGUCCAGGAGCUGUAA